AUGAGUAAGGCCCACACAAACUAUCAUGUAAGAAUAAGUGAUUCACUUAUUUUGCCACCUGUAAAAAGCAAUCGAGGUAUACAGCUCACGGAACUCCAAAAAGAAAUUGAGUUCUUAAGAGGCAAAAAUACAGAGCUGGUCAAUGUAGUUAAACAUUGGGAGACAAGAGAAACCUUUGUUGAGAGUUCUGACUCACCUACUAUAAAUUGGAACAAAAAUCCUGCUCCAAUAUAAAUAGGGGCUAUAUUACUAUAAAAAAUUUUCUAAAAUUUUUAAAAAAUCUAAAUUGACCACAAUGGUUUGAAUUUUAAUUUAUUUUUAUGGAGAAAUAAUUAAAAAAUUAAUCGAUUAAGCGUAAAAAAGUUUUAGUAGCAUUUUUGUCCACUUUUCCCAUUAAAUUGGGUCAAAAUUAAUUUAUAAAAUUAAUAUUUUCAUUUUUAAUUAUUGUUUUUAAAAGCGUUUUUAAAAAUAUAUAAUUGAGAAUUAAAUUUGUUUUGUGAAGAAUUAAAUAAAAAAUGAAUCAAUUCAUUGCGAAAACUGUUUAAAUAGCAUUCUAGUUGGGUUUUAUAUAUUAAACUGAUUCAAAACUAAUUUUAUUAAAAUUAGUUGUUUUUUCAUCUUUAAUUUUUUUUAAAAUAUAUAAAGCAAUACUUUGAUUUUAAUUUUUUUUAUAAAAUUAAACCAAAUAAAUUGUGAAAACAGUUUAAAUAGCAUUCUAAUUGGGUUGUCCUGAAAAAAACCCUAGGGUUUUUUUUUCCUGUCCUUUUUUUUCUGAUGAAAAUGACUGAAAAGUAGAAUUCCUGGAAUUUUCCAGGAAAAAACCCCAACGGUAAUUUUUGAAAAAUUUGCAAACCAUACAGGAAAAAACCCCCAUCCUCAAAAAAGUCCAUUAUCGAAUUAAGGUCAUCAUAAGUAGAUAUAAAGCCACAAAAAUUCAACUGCAAAGACUAAUCACAUAAUCAAUUCUAAACUCUUAUUAUCAAAGAGAAAUGAAUAAAGUAAACAAAUAGCAUCUAAAUUAACACUUGAUUUCAACAAUAGUAAUUUUUUGAUUCUCAAAAACAGCAUGAAAAAACCCUAAUAAAAAAAUAAAUCAUUAAUACAAUUGCAUAAGAGAGAGUCCUCAAAAAGAGUGAUAAUAUAGGAAAAUAGAUAUCUACAGCAAGAAUACAUCAAAUACUUGAUUAUUAGAAUCAAAACUCAUAAUAAAUUAUAAAUUGUUAAAUGAUAUUAAAAAGCAAAUAAAUAGGAAAAAAAAUUCCAGGAAAAAACCCUCAUUAGAAAUUUUGGCUAAAAAUUUCCAGGGAAAAAACCCUAGUGAUGUUUAGGUACCAAAAAAAUUGCAGGAAAAAAAAACCCCAUGGUGGUAAAAUCCUGGAAAAUUCCAGGAAAAAACCCCUGAGAAAAUUAUAAAAUUCAUUUAAAAAAUAAUAAUUUAAAAACUCUUCACUAAAAGGUUAAGUCAUCUAGCACAAGCUGAGCUAGUGCAGGAUGUGUCACAAGUGGUGCAAGGUGAGCUAUAUAGUGUAUAGAGUGCAAGAUGUGCUAUAGAUUGCUAAAGAGCGAGUUCAGGAUUAAUCACAGGUGAUGCAAGGUAAUAUAUUAUCGGGUGCAAAGCUUCAAAACACAUUUAGAUCUCUAUGAAACAAUACCUCAAGAGGUAAAGUAGCGAUCUGAUAUUUCAAAAUGAUAAUGAUAAAUAUCAAUUUUAUUACGAUAAAGAUUAAAUUUUGACAAAUAGUUUCUAUAGGCUUUGUCAAUCAAGCCAAACGUGAAUUUUUUAUGAAAGCGGCCUUUGACAUUUUAAGUUUAUCUCUUUAGAUCACUAAUUUUACUCUUUAGGUAUUAUUACACCUUGAUCAUAUUAGCUCUUAAACCUAGCUGCAGUUUGAUACAAGGUGAGCUAGUACAGGAUUUGUCACAGGUGGAUACAAGAUGUGCUAGUACAGAGUGAGUGUACUGCAGGUUGAUAAAAAGUGAGUUAGUACAGGAUGCGCUGCAGGCUGAUUAAAGAUGAACUAAGCAGGAUAUGUCACAGGUGGAUACAAUAUUAGCUGCUAAAGUUUAAAGGAUUAAUAUUAAUCUUUAUGAAACAAUACCUAAAGAGUAAAAGUAGUUAUAUUAAAAACGAAAAACUGAAAUGAAAAAGGCUAUUUUCAUUUUAAACUAACGUUUGGCUAGACAAACGGAUUCUACUGAAAAUAUUCGUCAAGCCAAAUCUGUACUUCUUAUAAAAAUGCCAUUAUUUCCAUUUUGGCUUUUCAGAAAGCUACUGUACCUCUUCAGGUAUUGUUUCAUAGAGAUCAAAGUAUGUUUUCAAGCCAUACAGGAUAUGCUGCAGGUUGAUUUAAGAUGAGCUAGUUCAGAUAUGUUAUAGGUGGUAUAAGGUGAGCUGGUGCAUGAUGAUGCAAGGUUAGCUAGUGCAAGAUCUGCUGGAUACAAUAUGCGAGAAAUAGUUGAAAUAGUAAAAUGGGGAUAAAUGGUAUCAUAGUGUAAUCAUUUAUCUCAUUUUAUUUCAUAUGUUUUAUUGUAUUUUAAUGUUUAUAUAUAAACGGUGCUAGAUUUUUUACCUUUUCGUUAAGAGGAUUUUAAAUUAUUACUUUCCAAACGAACUUUUUAUAAUUUUCCCACUCCCCCCCUUUAAAUUGGAACAAAAAAAUUUGUUCCAAAUUAAAAGGGGAUUAGAAAAUUUUAAAAAAAUAUUUUAUAAAAAUUAAAAAAAAAAAAUUCAAAAAUUUAUCUAGUUAGAUUAAUAAAUUUGUUUAAUAAAAUGCUAUUUAGUCAUUAUCUAUCACAAAAAGCAAGAUAUAACUAAAUUUUAAUUAUUAGUUAAUGUGCCACUAUUGAUUGGUAUCAAAACUAUUUACGCAAAAAAAUUAUUAUUUUUAUUGAUAAAAAGACAUUUUAGAAAAAUUUAUUAAUCAAAGUGCUAUUUUGUUUAAAUAAAAUGUUAUUUAUACUCUAUUCUUAAACUAAAGCAAGAAAUAAUUUAAAUAUUGAAUUUUUGUAAAGAAUUCGCAUUGAAUUUAUAUAUCAAAAUGAUUUAGAUAAAAAAUGCUAUUUUUAUCUAAAAAAAUAAAAAUUUUUAAAAAAAAUAUGGAAAUUGUUUUAAAAAUUUAGCAAUUAAGGAUAUAAAUUUAUUUAAAUAAGAUGCUCUUUAUGCCCUCUUCUAUAAAGAAGAGCAAGAUUUAGCUAAAUUCAUAAUUUUAGUUAAGAAGAAACAUUUAACUUAUAUCAAAACUUUUUACAUAAAAAAUAAUUGGGGGGGUCAGGGGUUUUUUCCUGGAAUUUUUCCAGGAUUUUACCACCAUUGGGGUUUUUUUCCUGCAAUUUUUUUGGUACCUAAACAUCACUAGGGGUUUUUUCCUGGAAAUUUUUAGCCAAAAUUUCUAAUGAGGGUUUUUUCCUGGAAUUUUUUUUUUCCUAUUUAUUUGCUUUUUAAUGUCGUUUAACAAUUAUAAUUUAUUAUGAGUUUUGAUUCUAAUAAUCAAGUAUUUGAUGUAUUCUUGCUGUAGAUAUCUAUUUUCCUAUAUUAUCACUCUUUUUGAGGACUCUCUCUUAUGCAAUUGUAUUAAUGAUUUAUUUUUUAUUAGGGUUUUUUCCUGGAAAAAACCAGGAAAAACACACAGUUGGGUUUUUUUCCUAUAUGGUUUGCAAAUUUUUCAAAAAUUACCGUUGGGGGUUUUCCUGGAAAAUUCCAGGAAUUCUACUUUUCAGUCAUUUUCAUCAGAAAAAAAAAGGACAGGAAAAAACCCCCUAGGGGUUUUUUCCUGUCAUCCCUUCUAAUUGUACUUCAUUUAUUAAUUUGGUCAAAUCUAAUUUUUAUUUUUUUUAAAAGUAUAAACUGAGCACAAUACUUUUUAUUUUUAUGAAGAAUUAAAUAAAAAAUUAAGAGAUUCAUUAGCAUUCAACCACAUUUUUGUCUAUUCAAUUAGGUCAAAAUUAAUUUUAUACGAUUAGUAUUUUCAUCUUUAAAAUUUUUAUAUUAAAAAAAAAUUCUUGCAAUUUAAAUGGGUGUUAAAGUAUAAUUCAAAUUUUACGAAUGUUUUUUUCCAAUUUAAAAGGGGGAGUGAGUACAAAUUUAAAAAUUUAGUCGCAAGUUAUCUAAAAGAACUCAGAUCGAAAGCAAAUCCUUUAAAAUAUUCAGCUGAAGUUGUUGAACAAAAUGAAGAGGUUAUCACCCAAACUUAUGAAAAAAUGUUUAAACUCCUUCAAACCCUUCAAGAUAAAAUUGAUGAAUUAGUGACUAAAAAAGAAGAUUUAUUGACUAUUGAGUUCAAUGCAAAGCUUCAAGACAUAAUUGGAAGCCUUGAACGAGAAAAAAAAGAAAAAUUCGAGCAAAUCGAUAAACUGGUUAAAAAGGAAAAAGAAUUAGAAACUGACUACGAAUUAUUAAAAGCUUCUAUUUCAAUGAUUGAAUCGAAGAAUACUUUUUAUGAAUCAGAAAAUAAAAGACUGCGAUCAGAGCUUCGUCAAGCAAAACUCGAAAUAAAUGGACUUGAAAAACGAAUUUUUGAUAUAAAAAGAAAUGAGAAAAAAGGAGACCUAUCUUCAGUCCUUAUUACUCCAGUUCACUCAACAAUUUCAGCUUCCGCUAAACAUAUUGGAAUCGAGACAUCGUUGAACUCUCCAAUAAUUAGCAAAAGAAACUCUUCAAUUGAAGACUUUACACCAUUACGAUAUGAAGCCAUUAUUAAUCGAUUACAAAAACUACUUAAAAUAGAAAAACAAAAUUUAAGAGAUUAUAAAAUUUUAUAUUUCAAGGAAGUCCAAUCAAGAAGCGAAAUCGAAAAUAUUUUACUUAUUCCAGAAUAAAGAACAAGAUUAUACUCUUUUUCAAAUUGUGAUUAGUAAUUUUAAAAAGCUAUUUGCAAUAAUUUGAAAUAAACCAUUAAUUUAGCUAACUUAUAAAAAACUCUCGCAUUAGAAUGCAAGCUGCAUAAGUCAGCUGGAAUUACUAAAAAAAUAUUAACUAUAUAUAUAUAUAAAUAACUAUAUAAUUUUUUACAUCUGGAUUUUUAUUAUUUUUUCUUUCUCAAUAAUGGAAGAGCUAGUUGCAUUGAAGAAAUCAGAUCUCAAAUAAUCAAAAAUAAUUACAAAGAUUUCAAUUCUGAAUUAGCAGAAAAGCUAACAACUCAAGAUCAAGUGCUUAAGCUUGUAUAUGAGAUGUUAAAAACUAAAAUUAAGGAUUAA